GUUCGAACAACAUCAGAUAUUUCUUUGAAAAUGCAUGGAUAAUCUGCAACAUUCCCCUCUGCAAAAAAACAUAAAAAUGAGAAGAAAACUGAUAACGAGAAAAUGGUGUUGAUAACUUCAGAGCUCCCGGGGCAUGGAUUUGAAAGGAGAGAACUGUGUUAAGAUUUCCCUGCCUCCGCAUAUGUCCACAGAAUUGAGAAAGAAUCUUCCCUUCCUGCGGAAUGUUGCUAAUGUUAAGGCAGCAUCGACCUGUGUGUAGCAGAAUAAGAAGUGGAAGAAGAGCAUCGCCCCAAAACAGAUUCAAUCUCAACAAAAUCAAACCUAUAACGCCAUACAAUGUGAACAUGAGUUUAACCCUGAAAUUUCCGGUAGUAUUCUAAUUUCUCCCCUCACUGUGUAAAAAAGAAAGUUGGGUCCUUUCUAUGUAUUGGACAACACUGCUUGUUGCUUUCGGAGGUGAUGUGGACCUUCAAGGUAUAGUAACCAAUCAGCAUAGUUUAGCAGACCAGGGUGGGAAAAAAAAUAUUUUGAUAGUGGGUUGAGUUAUUAUUUUUUUAAAAUGUUGUCCAAAUCUUAUUCCAACUAUGUAAUUAACUUACAUUGAACAUUACUUUUAAAAAUGGCAUGAAAACCUAAUCGAGAAAUUCUAAAAAUUUCAUGCUCACCUGUUACGAAGCACUACCAGCGACCAAUAGAAACCAACUCUCCGAUAAAUGGGUUGGGAAAAAGCCAACAACAGCAACAAUCACCAUAGAAGACGCACACUACGAAGAAAUACGAAGGAAAAAUGCAUAAAAAAUGUCAUUUAUCCGAAGAAGCCACUAUUGAUGGUGUCGAUACUCGAGGAUGACCGAGGCUCUGAUAAAUGGUGUUGAGGCGACGACUGAUUCGUGGCGAAGGAGCUAGGGGCUAGAUCCGCUUCUGCGCUUGUGUGUGUGUAUGGGAGGUAAAAGCUCUUGUUUUGCCUUUGCGUUUGUGUGUUCAUGGAGAUAGAAGAUGAUGGUGAGAGGAAGGAAGAAGCGGUUUCCCUUCGACAAGCGAGCAAAAGUGAAAGUGAAACCUAGUUUUCACUGCUUGCUUGUCGCCACAGGCACCUCAUGACCCUUUGACUCCGACACUAAUUCCAAUUGCCAAGGUCAAUGAAAAUUGUCAAGUCAUGUAUCAUUGAUUGACCUUGACACAUAGGCGGACAGACAUAUAAAUUGACAAUAAAGGGAUGCAGCAUGAUCAUUAGUCACAUACAAAGAAACUCAUAUUUGUGGUUUGGAAAGAACAUAUGAGAACAAAAGUAUGGUACUCUACUUUGUUGUUGGGCCUGGUGUAAAAGGAUAAAUUAGAGUAGGUGUAAAGCUUUUUUUCUGAUAUUUUUUCUUCCUACACCACCAUAACUUCUAUCUGAACACUAAUAAUUUUUAAAAUGACCACAUUAGCCUUCUAUCCAAACAAAAUAUAUUAUUAGAAAAAUAUCUAAAUUCUUAAAAAAAAAAAAAUUACUUCGUUAAAAUACUGCGUUCAAACUCACCAUAUGCAAUCGAGUAACAGACAUAUGAAAACAGUUGUACUUACUUAGAAUGAAAAACAGAAAUUAUGCCAUUAAUCAUAGAUUUCAAAAAUUAGUUCUUACUCAGUUUAUUUUAAUAUAAGCACAUAAAAUAAAAACCCUGCACCGGAAAACCCUGACAAAACCCUAGACCCCACAAUACCAGAUCCAGUCCUUGUCGCCACUGAGGCUGCCGAAGCCAAGACUUCUCCGCCACCCGAAUCCGGAAACGAUGCUCCGCUCUCCGAUAUUCAGAAGAAGAUUCGCCGAGCCGAGCAAUUCGGCAUUUCCGUCCAGCUGUCCGAGAAAGAGAAGCGCAAUUCCCGAGCCGAAAGGUUUGGCACUGCUCCCGCUUCGCAGGUAUCAGAGCCAUCAAAAUCUGAGGAGUUGAAGAGGAAGAUAAAAGGAAAGCUAGAGCACUUAGGUGGGUGCUUGUCAUAAAUUGAUGGUUGAUGACUUUUGACUCCUUAACUCCCGUAGAUAGGGAUGGGUAAAUCAAAAUGGCUUUACCCAGGUGCUAGUUUAUAAUCAUGCUGGCUUUACAUAAGUAUUCUCAGUGGGUUCAUCUAAUUAUGGAUUUUUUAUUUCAUUAAUCACAAACACCCAUUUGUGACCAUUUCAUUAUCUUGACAUCAUAUCACCCAGUAAGAUUCUCAACAUUAAGAACUUCACUUGCUUUUUCGAUAUCCCUUGUCCAUAUGAUCAUCCAAAGCCAAAUUCGAUGUAUAUACAAUUAUACAAGACCUAUUGUAUCAACAAGAGUAGUUUCCAGUCUCAGUGCAGAGUUAUCAACCAACAGUUACAUCAACCUGAUGUGCAAGAAACAGCAAUACAAAGAAGCACUUGAUGCAUUUAAUUUCAAUCUAGAGAAAUCGAGUAUCCAGCUAGAACCAAGCACGUAUGCGAAUCUAAUACUGGCCUGUACCAACUUUAGAUAUCUAAAUUAUGGCAAGAAAAUCCAUGAUCACAUUUCAAAAUCCAAGUUUCAGUCAGACCUUGUUCUCCAAAAUCAUAUUCUUAAUAUGUAUGGAAAAUGUGGUUCUUUGAAGGAUGCUAGAAAAGUUUUUGAUGCAAUGCAGCUGCGUAAUGUGGUCUCUUGGACUAUAAUGAUCUCCAGAUACAUGCAGAAUGAUCAAGAGAAUGAUGCCAUCAUCAUGUAUAUUGAAAUGCUGCGAUCAGGUUAUCUCCCGGACCAGUUUACAUUUGGAAGCAUUAUCAAGGCUUGCUGCAUUGUGGGAGAUAUAGACUUGGGCAGACAACUGCAUGGUCAUGUCAUUAAAUCAGGGUAUGAUCGUCACUUAAUUGCACAAAACGCUCUUAUCUCAAUGUACACAAAGUUUGGACAAAUUGCACUGGCCUCAGGUGUGUUUGCCAUGAUUUCCACGAAGGAUUUAAUUUCCUGGGCUUCUAUGAUUACAGGGUUUACUCAACUUGGUAAUGACAUAGAUGCUUUAUAUCUUUUCAGAGAUAUGCUCAGGCAAUCUGUUUACCAACCAAAUGAGUUUAUAUUUGGCAGUGUAUUCAGUGCUUGUGGAAGCCUUCUAGAACCGGAAUUUGGAAGGCAAAUUCAUGGAGUCUGCGCUAAAUUUGGUUUAGGGAGGAACAUUUUUUCUGGGUGCUCCCUCUGUGACAUGUAUUCAAAAUUUGGAUUCUUACCUUUGGCAGAAAAGGCAUUUUAUCAAAUUGAAAGCCCGGAUUUAGUGUCAUGGAAUGCAAUUAUUGCAGCAUUUUCUGAUAGUGGUCAUGUUAAUGAAGCAGUAUCAUUUUUUCGCCAGAUGAUGCAGACAGGACUGAUGCCAGAUAACAUUACUUUCCUCUCCUUACUAUGUCCUUGUGGGAGCUUUUUGACAUGUAACCAAGGAAUGCAAAUGCAUUCUUACAUUAUUAAAAUAGGUUUAGAUAAGGAAACAGCUGUAUGCAACUCUUUGCUAACGAUGUACACAAAGUGUUCAAAUCUACAUGAUGCAUUCAAUGUUUUCGCAUAUUUGGGUAAAAGAGCCAAUUUAGUUUCUUGGAAUGCAAUCCUAUCAGCAUGCUUGCAGCACAAACAUGCAAAAGAAGCUUUUAGAUUAUUUAAGCUAAUGCUAUUUUCUGAAAAUAAGCCUGACAGUAUCACCAUAACUACCAUAUUAGGAACUUGUGCAGAAUUGGCGUCUCUUGAAGUUGGGAAUCAAGUCCAUUGCUUUACUAUUAAAAGUGGGCUAGUGGUUGAUGUUUCCGUCCGCAAUAGAUUAAUUGACAUGUAUGCGAAGUGUGGAUCACUUAUACAUGCUCGUGAUGUUUUUGAUUCAACCCAGAACCCAGAUAUUGUCUCGUGGAGUAGUUUAAUUGUUGGCUAUGCUCAGUUUGGACUUGGACAUGAAGCUCUUAAUCUCUUUCGAAUAAUGAGGAAUCUUGGUGUCCAGCCUAAUGAGGUCACAUAUCUGGGGGUUCUCAGUGCAUGCAGUCACAUUGGAUUGGUGGAGGAAGGUUGGCAUUUGUAUAAAACCAUGGAAGUGGAACUAGGUAUUGCACCAACAAGAGAGCAUGUUUCUUGCAUGGUUGAUUUGCUCGCUCGUGCUGGAUGCUUGCUUGAAGCAGAGAAUUUUAUUAAGGAAACGGGAUUUGACCCUGACAUUAAUACAUGGAAAACCCUACUUGCUUCUUGUAAAACUCAUGGUAAUGCUGACAUUGCAGAACGAGUUGCAGAAAAUAUACUAAAACUUGAUCCUUGCAAUUCAGCUGCUCUAGUGCUACUUUCUAAUAUAAAUGCUUCUGCCGGUAACUGGAAAGAAGUUGCGAGACUGAGGCAUUUGAUGAAACAAAUGGGUGUACAGAAGGUUCCUGGUCAAAGUUGGAUAGAAUUUAAGGAUCAGAUCCACGUGUUCUUCUCAGAAGACAGUUCUCAUCCACAGAGCGGAAAAAUCUACAGUAUGCUGGAAGAUUUAUGGUUGCAGAUGCUGGAUCAUGCUUAUGAUCCUUGUCAGAGGUUAGACAUUAACAUUUGGUAGGCACUCACCAAUUGUUAUAAUCCUUCCAAAAUCUAUGAUGAUCCUUAGUGAUCCAAUGAGUCGAUGACACUUAAUUAAGAGUGAAAUCUGAUCAUUAUUCCCAUUUUAUAUUAUUGUAAUAGAAAUUAAAGGGAAACUGCUAAGCCGUCAAUCAUUACAGAAACCCCUAAAUCAUUCGUUUUCUUCCACUCGCCAAUGGCCAACAACUCGUAGUUUUUGUUUUCUGACAUUCGUUUCAACCUAGAGCGAGAAAAUUCUGGAAAAACAUGGGUUUUGGUUGCUACUGAUGUGGUUGCCCAGGGCAUGGAUUUCAAAGGUGUGAACUGGGUGAUUAGUUAUGAUUUCCCUGCUGCCGCAUAUGUCCACAGAAUUGAGAAAUUGUUGUUGGUAACUUCAGAGCUGGAAAAACCUUGGUUUUGAUUGUUACUAACGUGGGUGUCCUGGGCAUGGCUUUCAAAGGAGUAAACUGUGUUAUGAUUUCCCUGAUUCUGCUUCCGCAUAUGUCCACAGAAUUGAGAAAGACCUUCCCUUCCUGCGGAAUGUUGCUAAUCUUAUGGCAGCAUCGGCUUGUGAGUUGCAGAAUAAGUGGAAGAUGCACCGCCCCAAAACAGAUUCAAUCUCAACAAAACCAGACCUAUAACACCAUACAAUGGGAACAUGAGUUUAACCUGAAAUUUCCGGUAGUAUUUCUGGGAAUACUACUACGGCUUGUGUGUGAAAUUGCUUUUCUUGGAUCCUAUCCUAGUGUCCUUUAACUUGUUAAUGUGUGUUUUUGCGUCAUUAGCCAUUUUUAGAUUCUCAUCGUGAUUAGAUCUUAUGAGAGUUGCUAUUAAUGCACAUCACAUGGAUUAGAAGCAUGUUUCUUGAGAAUGGGUCAAUGGAUUAUGUUAAUUUGUUUGGUCUAGCGCUAGUGCACAACUUUAAUGGAUCAGCAGAAUGUUAAAGCUCGAGUUCCUGGUAUUAUCUUCUGCCAUU